AUGUCGCGUGACAACAAAGAUAGACCUAAGAAAGCAGCAAGACAUAGCAGUGUAGAGAAUUACGCACUCCACAGUCCUAGUUUCGCAGAAUUCUCGCUAACACGUGCCCAUAGCGAUGUGGGAGAAUCUGAAAGCGAUGAUUCUGCAUCGGAUUGGAACCCCAACACGGAACUUUCCUCGAGUAUAUGGGAUAAGCGGGCCGAAGCCCCACAGAAGAAGACGAGACAUGGGAGGCUGAAGACGCAACAAGCAAUUUUGCCCAUCGGUUCAGUCACACCGACACCAGAGGAAGAGGGUUUCACAAAUACAUGUCUAGAGCUCCUUAAGCAACCCUCUAUCAGCCCCAUCUCACCUCACUCCAAUGCGGAAGUCAGCUAUGACGAUCUCGGCAAACAUACGAGUUUAGACUACGUACACACGCUUCCAGUCCCAGAACAAGGGGAGGAGAUACCGGCCCAUGACCCAGCACAUGCUUGUGGUGAUCAAAAACCUCUCAAGAACCUUAACGCAGGAAAAGAGAACCCGGACCAUGAACCAACACAUGCCCGCAAUGACCAAGAUCCCUCCGAGAAUCUCCCCCCAGAAAAGGAGAAACACCUCCAAAACCUCGCCUUCGACGAGCUAGUCGAAGUGCUCCAGAUCCCAAACCCGCAACACUCUACUCUUUCCAAGCUCCAGCUAUAUGUAAACAAUAUAUACACGCCCAAGACGUACGAAAGAAUGAAGAUGGCAUUAGGCCCUGCCUUUAGCAAGGCUUACAAAGCGAUGCAGCUAUGGCACGAAAUUCACGGAAAGCUAAGAGAAUUUAGAGAGACUACUAAGUAUGAGGGCAAGGCUGGUGCGGACUGGCAGGCUUAUAAACAGGCUUUGAGAUCGGUUUCUUAG